AUGUCGAACGCGAACGCCUAUGCCGAAGACAAAAUGAACGACGCGGCCUUAACCAAGAAACAUGACCUACUCGAGCAGAUUCUGUUCGCACCUUCGCCAAUACUGGAGAGUCUUGAGUUGAACUUGAGAACUAGGGAUGUAAUAUCACUUGCAGGUGUUUGUCAAAGGUGGAGGGGGUAUCUUAUUCCGGGUUAUCAUGAUAUCGAAUCGAAGGGAGGAGUCGAAAAGAUUCAUGACGACCAAAGUACUAUAUCAUGGCACCCUCUCCUCAGAACUAUCCGUCCCUGCACCCAAACCUCCCUUCAGAGGCGACAUAUCAUCUGUAAAAUGGGACUUCGGUGCUGGCCUCCCCUCCCACAAAGUUACGACAACACCAGCUUCGAGGGCAGUCAAAAUCACAAAGCCAAGAUGAUAAACCCCGCCCAACUCAUGGCCAUUUUCGGUGAUAGAUAUUUCUCUACCGCGAUAACAAGGAUCCACCUAGAGGGACUAACGAAAAGGAUCGGUGGUGGCGACAACGGCCCUUUACUCGAAUUUAUUUUUCAAUGCAAAAAUCUCGUUGAGAUUAGUUUUCGAUGGAGUAGUUUGGUAGAUGUUGAGGAGCUUGCUAGGGAGUUUGUGGAGGAUCCUGAGGGGGUUUAUGAACAGCAAUAUAGAAAAAAGUGGAGGGGACGUUGGCCAAGUGAACCUCUAGAUAAGAUGACUGAAGCUAUUCCACCGAAGUUGAAGAGGGUUUUGUUUUGGGGUGCGGGGAGGAUACCGUCGAUGGAGUAUGAGAUUGGAAAAGAGCCCAGGAAAUGGCAGGUGAUUAGGGGGGCCCUCUUUGACAAGUGGAAUUUGAAGGAGUGUGUGAGUAGAUUGAUGGAGAGGUAUCAGACAGAUGUCGAAUGGUGUGAGAAUGAAGUUCACUAUAGAGGUACCGGUGAAUGCCGGUCGAGGGGGAAGUGGGAUAUGAGAUUACAUGAGAAGGUGAAGCAGAGAUGUGAGGUCUGUGAGAGUAUCGUGGAAGCGCAGUGCAUUGUUUGUGAUCUCCGGAAUGAACCCAAAAUCAGGAGGAUAUUUCAGAUUUCAACAUGCUCCAGUUCCGCUGUAUCAGGCCCCCCUGCGAGUGGCGAGGCGGAAUCCACUACAUCCACCCAUCUUGCUCCCCGUCAAGUAUAG